AUGAAUCAAAAUUAAAGGAAAUUCGUUAGAUGUUUCAAUUGUAAUAUCAAACCUGCAACUCUCAAAUGUUUUGAUUGUAAUAAAAAUGAAGUAACAAAAUUAUGUUAUCAUUGUGAUUCUGCUUUGCAUAUUGAAUAAGAUCAUUAAAAAUAAAUAAUUCCUUAUGAUCAAAUGGUUAUAAAUGAAGAAAAAACAAAAUCAGUGACUCCUGAAAAAUAAUAAGAAUCUACACCUCAUUCGAGUUCUAUUUUGAGAUCUAGAAUUUAAAAAAAUGAAGAAAAUACUAAUUAUUUAAACAAUAAUGAUGAAUAAUUAAAUAAUAAUUAAAUUAAGUCUAUAGAACUAAAAUAUAAAAUAAAAUUGUAAGAAUAGGAGAAUACUAUUAAUGUAUUGAAAUAACAUAUAGAGAAUAUUGAGAAUAAACAUAAAGAAAACAUAUCAAAGAUGAGAGAUUAAUAGAUUAAAGCACAAGAUGAGAUUUUUAAAAAAUAAGAAGAAUAAAUUUAUGAAAUAAAUAAAUUGAGAAAAUCUUAUGAUGAUAAAAUAGCAUAAUAUGUCUCUUAAAUUGAUAGUGAAACUCAAUUUAAUAAUUCUCUUUAAUCAAAAUUAGAUGAGUUAAGGUAAUACUAUUAUAUAUUUUACAAGAAAUGUUCAUUAAAUAAAAUAAUAAGAAGCAUAAUAAACAAUAUCUCAAUUAAGAGCUGAAAUUGAAAGAAGAAAGUUUACAGAAGAAUAAAUUUAAAUUGAUGCUGAAAAUAAACAGAUUAAUUUGAAGAAAGAACUAUAAUAAGAAUUUGAAAAAAAUAUAACAAUAUUGAAAAAUGAUUGUGCUUUUUAAAUAGAAGAAUUUAACUAAAAAUUAGUAGGUAAAAAUGAAUAAAUUUAAUCUAUGCAUUAAUAAAUAUAACAAUUAUAAAAUAGUUAAAAGGAUAUUGAAUUCAUAUGGUUAAAGAAAUUAUAAUAUGAAUAGUAGUAAUAGGAAGAGUUAAAGUAAUAGAUAAUUUAAUUGAUAGAAUUAAAUACAUAUAAAGUAAGGAUAAUUGUGAAGCUUUGAAAAAAGAAAUAAAAAAUCUAUAAUCUGAGAUAUCUAUAUAUUAAAAAGAAAAUGAAUUAUUUUAAAAAGAGAAAAUAUCAUUAACUAAAUAAUUGAAUCAUUAAAUGUAAAAAAAAGAGAAGAUGAAUCGAUUCAUAUAUGGAUCUAAGAAAUCAUAAACAAAAAUCAAAAUGUGA